AUGACGGACGUGCAACGCAUCCUGCACUACCACAAGGUGCUCAAGGAUUUUCUGGACACCUCCUCAGAUGCACUAACGCCGGUGACCUCGUCCAGAGUCAUCAAGGCUAGAGAGAAACUGGGCAAGCUCACGAGCUCGCAAUUCUUUGAUCUGAGCACGGAUGUUUACGACGAACUACAGCGGCGGACCACUUCAGAGUCGCUGCGGCCGUCUUUCCUGCCGGCGCAGUCUAAUUUCCAUCCUAAACGGAACCAGGCCAGACAGAAGCUGGCGUCUUUGCCAGCGGGUCGAUUCAAAGAUCUAGUCAACGAUGUUCUUUUUGAGAUCGAAAGACACCAGUCCCAGUACAUUAAGGCAGAAGACCAGAUUACCAGCCGCGCCGUGGAUGACAUGCCGAAGGACUCGAGAGAGACAAACGACCCCUUCCAGACCAAGGCGGUAAAUGAGAUGCCCAAAAGCUACAACAAAAAGCAGGACUUGGUGGUGAACACAGUGAAUCUCCAGACGCCGAUAAGCGAUAGGUUCCAACUGUCUCCCGAUACGCCUACACAGCGGGAGAUCAAGAGCACCAAGGUUGUGCCCCAAAAGUCCGAAUUAUCCUGGUCCAGCGACGAAGAUGAGAUUCCAGAAUACAAGCCGUCGGGAAAUAGACGCUCGAACGAGUCUUUGCCGGAGAAAAGCCCAGCCAAAAGUCCGGCCAAGAGCGUUCCGCUUCCUUCGCCAGCGCGCUCGCAGCAGUACGCAGAGUCUCUCAAAAGCCCCGAGGCGGCCCGGUCGAAUGCCGCGUACGCUACUGCCCAGAGACUUUCGAACGGCAGAGAUAAGGACAGGGACAUGGAUCUGCUGAUGGAAGAGAGCAGCAAGAUGGACGAGAGGAUUUCCAGUCUUGAGUCCGAAUUGUCGGAUCUAAAGAAGCAGAAGGCCGAGCUUGAGUCUGAACACACCCAACUCUCUGCAUCCAACGACCAGCUCAAGAACGAGCUCAAGAAAUAUAAUAGAAUGUCGAAGGACAUGAAGAGACUGCUGGAGGAGAAAGAGCAGCUGAAUAGAACCGUCAAGGAGAAACAUGAAAACAUGAUUGCCCUGCAGGAACAGCUGCGGGGGAUUUCUGACAGCCAGGGCCACAAGCCUGAGACAGAGGACGCACUGAAAGACCUCCAGGCCAAGCACGACACGCUCUUGGACGAGCACAAUUCCGUUCGGCAGCAGUUGGAGUCUGUGCAGCAGGAGAACCAGAGAAUGGCUGCCGAGCUGCAGGAACUGCAAAGUCUCAAGCAGGAGAAACAGACUAGUGACAAGCUUGACCGAAUGGUGCAGCAGCACAGGACUGCUGUGGACCCCGCGGAAGCUAGCAAGCUCACGAAUCUCAACAAUGACUUGCUAAAAUGGCAGUCCAGAUACGAGGAUGCAAGAUCCGAAAAAAUGGCCAAGUCGCUUUCCAGGUCUGUGGCACUGUCUGCUGAGGAUUUGCAGCCACUUAUCGAACCCAAUGGUUUGGUCACUAUGAUCCAAGCGGUGAACUUUUACUCGUCCGUGGACUCACUGCUCUUGUACGUGACGGAAGAUGAGAUCAGCACAGACCUCUUGUUUGAAAGGACAGCCGUUUUGGUGACUCGUGCAAACGAAAUUGCCAAGGCAGGUGAAGGCGGAUCCGAGGACCUAGCCGACAAGAGCCGGCUGGUGCAGUCUGCCAUUUCGAAUGCCCUCACUAGUGCGCGGUACUAUGCUAUGUACAAGAGUUUUAUUCCGAAGCUGGUGAUGAACACGGCUGUGAACGAUGUGUGCUUUGCGGUGUCGGACUUCCUGAAAGUGGCCAAGUUGACAAGUUCUGACGCUGCGCCACAACCGGUCCAGGAAAGGAACCAGACACCGGUUCCCGAACGGCUGGCUCUUCCCCAUGAUGCUGAGCUCAAGACCCGGGCUGAUUCGUCUUUGGAGAUGUCUGUUUCUCCGGCUCGGUCUUUCCUGAGCGACGAUACAGAAUCGUCUGUUCGGCCGCUCAGAAUCAGACAGAAGUUGAGCCAGGAAGCGGGCAAUGCUUCUGAGGCUCCGAAAAAGCUUUCCAAGCCUCCUAUGUUUUUGACUUCGUCGCCGGCCGGCACUCCAAUUGGACAGAUCCUGGUGACGCCUACGAAAAUAGCCAACGACGGGUUCUUCGACCAGUCGCACAAGUCGUUGGAGGAGGCAGGCGACAAUUCUCAGAGGACCGGCAGUCCAUCAAAUAAUUCCGACAAGACGUCGGAAGAAACCAGAGAAGCAAGCAAACCUUCGCAGCAAAGGGAGCUGCCAAAGGACGCAUCCGGCCCAUCUAAAAUCCAGUCGGAGGAGAAGCCGCCAACCGACACCAACGGCACUCUCUACAAGAACGUCAAUGGCAGCGUGUCGUCGCUGGCCUCAAAGUUCUCUGCCAACCAAGACCAGGAGUCUCCGAUGAAGUCUCAUGCAUCCAAGUCGUCGCCAAAAGGCAACAUCCUUGCGAGGAUGAGAAUGCUGCAAGAGAACAGCGACAACGACAACUCUCCAACAAGAAGCAGGUCCGGGUCGCCAGCCAGAUACGUCUCUGAUACGGCGUCUUCUGCGUUCGACAAGUUUGGAGCGCGCCGGAGGACGAGCGUCGACAGAUCGACCUCUUUGGCCAACGGCACCACCGGCAACCACACAGAGAAGCCGCAGGAGUCGACGGAGCCCGCUAAACAGCCCGCUGAGCAGCCGCCAAGCACGUUGGAGCUGCCGAAGCCAGAAAAACCCGUGUCUGCGGUGCGCGACAGCGUCUACGACAACCCGAUGGCCCAGGAAGAGCCGGUGAGCAGAGAUGGCCCGUCGUCGGGGCUCACGAUUCCGAGCGCCGGGAGCGCGCUCCAGCCGCUAAGCGCACAGGACGAGACCACGGCCGAGAACUUCGAGGUGGAAAAGUUCAACACGCUGGACCCAGACAACACCCUCAAGGAGCUGUUGCUGUAUCUGGAGCACCAGACCGUGGAGGUGAUUGCGGCGAUCCAGAAACUGCUGGAAUCCAUCAAGAACCCGAAGGCCACGAAGCUGCUGCUCAAGAACGGCGCCGGCCAGAUCAUCGAGGUGGUCAAGCAGAUGGCCGAGGGAACGAACACGCUGAUGGCGCAGACGAGGUACGCCGAGCAGAUGGGCCACGCGCAGUACGUGGUGGAGGUUCUGGAGGACUGUGUGCGCCGGAUGGAGGCGCUGUAUUCCAGCGGAGACGAGCGCAGAGACGGCGAGUACGCGGACAAGGCGUUCAAACAGCGGUCUGCAGGCAUCGCGUUCGACGUCGCGCGCAGCACGAAGGAGCUCGUCAAGACUGUCGAGGAGGCAAGUCUACGCGACGACAUUGCUGUGAUCGACUCGAGACUCAACGGGGGCGUGUAG